AUGAUAAAUCGUAAAUUAUACAUACAAGACGAAACAGUUGAUGUUACUUUAAAUUUAUUUAAAAAUGUAACAAAUUCAAAAGACGUUCUCGAAAUUUAUAAUAAAAAAAGUGUUGAUAUAUGUUCAUCCGAUCAGCAAAAUAAGUUCUUUCUUAUUUUGGAUAGUCAAUUGGUUUUUAAUGAAGGUCAUAUAUUACAUAGUAUUUAUAGGGGAUACCACAAUUUUAAGACAAAGAAAAAGAUAACCAAAAAUAUAAUAUUGGAAAUAUUUUUUCUGUUAUCAUCUCAUGAUAAUAUCAAUGAAUGUAUAAAUCAGUACAAGAUGAAUGAGAAAUCGACUUCCAUAAUUUAUGUAGGUGUGAAUAUGCCAAAUGAUCAGAUGGAAGAAGUUACUAAAAUAAUUCAAGGGGAAAGUACCAAUUUUGAUGAAAUAUCUUCUUUACAUUGUGAAAAAAAAAUAUUAGAAUAUUUCAAUACAGACAUAAAUAAUAUCGAUAGAUUUAUUUAUCAUAAUAUUGCAUCAAAGAAAAUUAAUCUUAACUAA